AAAACAAAAUGGCGACCUCUGUGGUUGGAAAUGUGUUUACACCCUUCCAUAUAGUUUAAAUCAUUUAAAAGACUUCCAAAUAACGUGAGCUUAAUUAAUUUAACUAACUGCAGAACAUGGGUACCCUGGACCAGGCACAGAUUGGAAUUUCGACGUUCUUUCCUUCCCCCCAUCCGACAGAUCAGUGCGGAACAAAUGGUCUUCCUCUCACUCCAAAUUCCAUCGUGAUCAUGGGGCGAUUUCAGCACCUAAAGAAUCUUUACCACGAGAACGUCUGUCAGUAUCUGGAUAUCAUUAGAGUCAAACAUGAAAGGCUUAUAGUUGCAGAGGAAUUUUACUCUGAAAAUUUGAAGACAGCUUUGAAAAGUGGUAAAGCUUUCCGCUACAGUGAUAUCACAAACAUUGCUUUUGACGUUCUUCAUGGCCUUUCCUUCCUGAAUGCACAAGGCAUUGUCCAUAGGAAUUUGUCUCCCGGGAACAUAUCACUUACACCUAAGGGCCAAGUGAAGUUGUCCAGAAGUGGGUUAUACUACAUGACAGGUUUUGGAGCACAUGUUGCAUUUCCAGUAGGUUGUCCAGAGUUUACAGCUCCCGAGGUUGUUUUAUCAGGUCAAGGGCUCUCUCCAUUAUUUGGGCCAUCAGGGCCAAAGGUUGAUGUCUGGUCCUUAGGAAUGAUUUUGAUUUAUUUGAUCUUGGUAGGAUCACUCUGGGCAGGUGACUCCGAGAACAGCUGUGAUGUAGAAAAGAUUUUCUUGAAGAUACUUUCUCUUCUAAAGAGAGUUCAAGAUUCCUCUGGGGAUAUUCUUCACCUUCUUUUCAGUGAUCAUCAGGCACUCGGCAAACUCCAAGAAAUUCCUUCAGAUCUGACUUCAUUCCUGAGGGUUUGCUUAACAAUUGAUGUUGCUAAGAGGCCCUCUCCAGCUGAGUUAUUACAUCAUCAACUAUUCUCCAGCUAUGACAAGGGAAAGGUAAUAUUAACAGGAGAACAGUAGAGCAUGCAAAACAGCAUCCAAGGUGCGUUCAUCAACUCCUAUGAAGGCAUCAGACAAAUUUACCCCUUACAUGAGCAAAACAAGUAAUUAAUUGUUUUGCUAGAUUGAAACCUUGACUGUUACUUUCAACUUUUCGUGCUCUUUGUCAGAUUCAGAGGUGCUCAUAGAAGAAGGGGAAGGACAAAUUGUUUGAAAAAGCCUGGCCACUCAGCUCAUUCUUGAUUCACUAAGGGAGGGGGGCCAUGGAUACCCCUAAACCCUCCCUUGGACCCACUACUGGUGCAAUACAUUUACCCUUUCAUUUGGUUUUUGAUAUACUGUAAAAUCCCACGAUUAAAGCCCUGGGCUUAAAUAACUUCAUAAGGGGUUUUCGGUGGGCUUAUAAACGGGGAGCUUAUAUCCUGGGGGGCAUAUAAGCGGAAUAAAAAAGAAUGUUUUGGAAUGACGAGAUAAAACUCAUCUCAGAAACGAAUUAAAGCUAAUAUACCAUUACAUUUAGAGCUGUUACUCUAUUAUAUUACCCUAUUACCCUAUAACCAUAUUAGCCUAUAGCUUUUGCUUAAAAAUUUUGAUGUUUGUAAAGAAACACAAAAGCAACCCACUUAUACAUUAGAUGGGCUUAUAUCCCGGGGGGUUUAUAUCCAGAAUAAUAUCUUUGUUAGCAAAUAGAAGGGCUUAUAUCUGGGGGGGAGGCUUAUCACCGGGAGGCUUUAACGUGGGAUUUUAACAUCUUUAUCACUUAUGUCUUGGUGAUAGUAGUCCAUACUUUGUCUUAUUUGUGAUUGUGAAAAUAGCCCUGAGAAUCAUGUAGUCUGUGAUGUAUACUAGCUGACAUUUCUUCAACUUUUUUUUUUUUUUGACACUUUAAUUGUAAUUCACACUACUUACAAACAAUGGUACGUCUACUUACACUAUUUACAAAAGUAAUACAAUUACUAAAGUCCAUUACAUUACUGACAAAACGUAUAUACAAUUUAAUUACUUACGCACUACUUACACUACUUACAAUUCAAUGCGAUUACAGGUGCUACUUACAAUAAUACAAUUUGCAUAACUAACUCUACAAAACAAUACGAUUACUUAUUUAGCUUACGAUACAUGUGGGUUAUUGACC